UCCACUCCAUCAGCCACGUGCACGUACCGCCCGGAACAUGCCGAUGCCGGCGAUCAUGGACGACCUCCUGCCGGAGUUCUUCAUCCGCCUGCCCACCCCUGAGGACCUCGCCCGCGUCACCGCCACCUGCUCCUCCUUCCGCCAAGCCGCCACCGACCGCGCCUGCACCCGCGAAUUCCGCAGGCUCCACGCCCCUCCGCUCCUCGGCAUCGUCGACGGCGCCGGCUUCCACCCCGCCCUCCCGCCCCACCCCUCCGCGCCCGCCGGGAGCGCCCUCGCAAACGCCCCCGGCAAGGACUUCUCAUUCUCCUUCCUGCCCGCCCCCAACCGCUGGGUCAUGAAGGACGCCAGCGACGGCCGCGUCCUCCUCGACCGGGCUCCCGAGGGCGUCAAGAAGGCGGAGUUUACGGAGGUCGUCGUGUGCGACCCCCUGCACCAGCGAUACCUCCUGCUCCCCCCGGUCCCUCAAGACCAGCUGGUGGCGAACCCGGUGUGUAUGGCAUACGGGCCCUUCCUCGCUCCCCCCAGCGACGAGGAGGCGGAGGAGGCGCCAGACACGUCAUUCCGAGUGAUGUGGACAGCGCGCUGCGAGGCUAACAUGGUCGCCUUCGUCUUCUCGUCCAGCUCCGGGCAAUGGCGGGCGGUCCCGUCCCAGAGCUGGAGCGAUCUGUUCGCCGUCGACAUUGAGCUUUCAUGGGGGCCUUGCUUGGUCGGGCGCCACUACGCCCAUGGCUGCUUCUACUGGGAAACGAGUUGUCGGGGAAUGUGGCUCGUGCUCCACGCCCGGACCAUGGACUUCUCCCUUGUCGACAUUCCAUGCACAGCCGGAGGUGCUGGGCUAGACACAGCCAUCGUGGAGGCAGGGGAAGGCAGGCUUGGGAUGUUCGCGCUUGCAUUUGUAGGUGGCGUAUAUUACCUCCACUACACCAUUAGGGAAGCAGACAACCAGUGGAAGCUGAAGCAGACAGUGGCGCUGCGUUAUGGGUACUGGUAUUGCAUCCUCGGUGCAACGGAUGCCUACUUGCUCCUGUUAAAGCAUGCUGACAACCGGUCAUUGGAGCCGGCAGAUUGCGAAUGCCUCUCACUGGACAUCAAGACGAUGCGCCUUGAAAGGGUGUGCUCGUUGAAGCAAUGGGGCGUAGAUGCACAAAUAUAUACCAACUUCCCACCAUCGUUGCUGUCAGCCCCGACAAUUUGAAAUAGAAAUUCCCAUGUGAAGGACAAGGAUACCAAGUCGUUGGAUGGCAUCUACGUCAGCGAUAAGGGCGCCGUCGCUGCUGCAUUUCAUUGGUGUUUUACUAGUUUGUGCUGGUUGAGGAGGGAAGCAGAUACUCUAUAUCAUUUUUUUUCGUUUUUUUUUUGCGAUGAAGAUACUCUAUGUUGUUGGAUGCAUGUUUGGGCCAUCUGCCCUGUUUGAUAUUUGCCUGCUUGUUGUGGUAUACAAGUAGAAUCUCUUGUUCAUUCCGGAUUGAUUAGGUUUUGGUUAGCAGCGAGUGCAUGUGCGCAGCUGUUAAAUGGAGGCUAUGAACGUUUUCUUUUUUAUGAAA